AUGAUGUUUCGAGAGCAGCCUCACUCGCCGAAACUCGAUAGUCACCACAGAAAUAAUACUGACCGUCCUCCAGCUACAACUGUGGUUAUUGGCGAUAGCAGUGAAAGCAGCGACGGUAGUGAUUCAGACGACCAGGAGUGGCCUAUAAAGUGUAUCCUCCGUGAAACAGACACCGAGUAUCUUAUUGAUUGGGAGGGCCCUUACGAUCCAACUUGGGAACCCAAAGAGAACGCGAGUGAGCUUGCUAUACAGGUCUGGAACAAGCGGAAAGCUCGGCGGCCAAGCGAGCUAGAUCGAAAAUCGACACGUGGGAGGAUCCCUCAAUCGCCCAGCGUCAUCGAAGUCUCUUCCUCAUCUUCAGAAGCAAACAUAGGCCCGGGGGAUCGCUACUGCACGCCCUUCGACGAGACCCACCAGAGCGACGCUGAUUCCGAUAGUCAUUCAAGAGCUUCCUCAUCGCUAUUUGUGCAACAAGAAGGCCUUUCAGAGAUAGUAGACUCUCUUCAAUCUCAGUACAUUGGAGCCUCGGGCUGCUCUCACGGAACCGACUCUCCAUCCCGAUCUCUCUCCGAUUGCUCUUCGCCCCUAGCGGCUGUAUCCACAAACUCUUGCUCGCAGGCCGGCGCCACACUUUUUGAAUAUAUCCCCGAGUCAUCUAGUCCACCUGAAUACCUGCAACCAGGUGAGUGGGACGACGUCAAUACGCAGCAGCCUGGUCCGACUUGUGACUCAAAGGCCAAUUCGAUUAAUAGCUGCUUAUCGCGUCAACAGUACUCCGCAGAAAUCAACAACGUUGUUGAACUAUCAAACCCGAACACGCCGGGUGUCGGACUGAGCUCCAAGGUCUCCGAAAUAGCCGAGACGCCUGUUCAGCCGCCGGGCCCAGGGGCUGAUUUCUCAUACCUGGGCUCUUUCCCCCCUGAUAAUACCCCAUCUCACAACAAUUUGACUUCUCAGCCUUCUGGCUCGUGUGGUUCCAUCGUCAGAGAUUGCGAGUUCGUCCAGUCAACGUAUCUGAGCUCAAUUCCAGAGAGAGUCUUUCAAUACCUGUCCCAGCAUCCAGAAGAGCUCAGUUCUGGUUCCACUAGACCAGUGCGUUCGUUUUCUAAUCUUGUGGAAGAAGAACCAUCUGCCGAAAUCAUGGAAGACAAAGAGCCCAAGCUAUCGGAUCCUUCUCUCUCCGAUGCCCCUUUGGAUCGAUACAGUCAAUUGCCAGGGUCCACUCCGACGGAAAAGAUACGGAACGCCUGGGCCAGACUCAGCGAAGAAAAUCAAUCUGAGCUAUCGCAAACAGCUAAUGUUGUCGAAACUCCGUCUUCCGUGGGGGAUAUCGAGGCUUCGAUCCCUGUGUCUGUCCCCGAAGCAACUGCACCGCUUAGUGUCAGACCUGACACGGAUUCCUUUUCCCAUUCACAUACUGCAGUCCACCAUGGUCAUUCCGAACCUUUACUACCACCUUCGGAACUAGCCCACGGAGGUCAUAUGAGUCAGCCUUCACUCCAAACUAUCCAGCCCAGCGCGUUGACCGUCACCGGCAUGGAUGACGAGGUUGUGCCUGGAUCAGUCCACCUUGGGCCAUCUGAGUUUGCCGUCACCCUUCCGAUGGAUUCCCGUGUGAAGGAUGACUAUGAGCGAGUGCUAUCAGAUGCAGCUACAAGCAUCCGCCAAUUUUUCGACAGCUUUCAGUCGAAUACCCAAAUUUCUGAACCUGAGCGAGAGGGUUUGCAUUCACAUAUGUGGGAGGUCAUCGCGCGGUUGAGCAAUGUUUCAACCCAUCCAGACCUGAACAUCUCCGAUCACCUGAAAGAUGCCGACCCCGACCUUGCGAAAGAAGCAUCCUGGGCCGAAUACUCUAGUGCAAAGUUUCUCUUCCUUGGUCAUCUCAUGGAGAUCGUAGGUACACACGAGCUUCAUUUGAUUCUUGCUGUUCAAGACGAGAAGAAACAGGCAGUUCUUGAACGUUAUCUCCAAGGGAAGGGGUUUGCAUACACCCGACCCCGUGAAGAGAUGGGCAGCACCUUGGAAGUUUCCUUAGCCAAGGAGUCGCUCAGCUUUGGAAUUCAUUCCAGUGAGACCGCCCGUGAACUCUACAAGCCGCCGUCUGCUAUUUUUGCCUUGGAUUCGUAUUUUAGACCGAGAAGUCCGUCCAUGCAGCACCUCCGAACGACUUAUGCCCGAAACGGGAGCUUGCUUCCCGUCAUCUGGUUUCUUGUCGCCAACACAAGUGAACACAUCGAGCGUUGUUUGCCCGACUCACCGGAGCCCGAUCGACUGCGUCUACUUGUGCACUAUAUUGCACGUCUCCAUGACGAGGUCGGUGAUCUCCAGGAUGAUGCCCUCGGCGUACAUGAAGACGCUGAAGAAAUUCUUGGAUACCUCUUGGAUCCUCUUGCUGGUUGGCCGUUGCCUACCAUUGAGCCUUUGAGUCUUGUAUCCCUGGAGGAGUUAGAGUGCUACAGCUCUUCAUCUGACGAGGCGAUGCCGCCGGCCCAGAAACGCACACUAGACGAGCAACCCGAGGGACCCUCGUCGAAGCGCGCACGGGUUGGUACCCAAGAGAACAGCCCGUUGACCGAGUCAACUAAGCCACCCAGUCAGACAUUGGACCGUGAUUUGCAAUCACUAGAGAAGAACCUUAUCCAGAUGAAACAGAUCCAUGCAAGUGAAAAAGCGCAGUUGCAGGCUGACCUUGCUCACGCAAAUUCUCGAUUCGAAGAAAUGGAGAAGGCGCUGGGUAUUCUACAACACCGUUACGAGAGUCGGACGAAGGAACUCCAUGCAACUCGCCAGGAGCGUGAUCGCCUGGCCGAAAAUAACCCGACUCUGGAACGACGCGUCGAGAAACAAAAUCAGACUAUCUCUAGCUUGAAAGAAGAACGGGCAGAGCUGAAGCACGAGCUCGACGAAGCCAGGCAGGCACUCAGAGAUGGAGGUGGCAGUCCUGCUGAACUGGAGACAGCACGCGAGGAAAUCCGCCGCCUGGCCAGAGAAAAUUCGAACCUUGAGCGCAAGGCUGAGUUCGAGAAAAACCAAUCCGAGUACAUGCGAGAGCAAUAUCAAACUGCGUCUACAGCGGCCGCUCAGUCCGGCACAGAAAGCCGCCAUUUGGCCGCCGAGAAUGAGAAACUAAAGCGCAAGGCCGACAGCAAUGCGGUCCAACUUGGUGAGCUGCACAUGAAGGACGAGUCAGUUCGUCAUAUAGCUCGAAUCGAAGAGCUAGAAUUAAUUCUGGCUACACGCGACGAAUUCUUACGCAGGAAGGAAGAUGAGCUUCGUGAAAUCCGGAAGAAUCGUCCAUCCACUCGCUCAACCAGCACUCAACCGCGAAGCCCCAAGUGGUCCGGCAGUCGUCCGACCAGCCCCGGGGUUGGUCAUAAUGGUAACGGUAAUGGCGGUCUUGGGGGUAGGGGCAGUGCGCUACGAUACAGUUCAGAGAUGCCUUUCUGA